AUGCCGGAGCAAAAGACGACCCGAAGGAGGAGAUCUAGCAGCAUUCUCCAGGUCUACCAUGAGCCUCAGGAAACUCUAGAACAGAUCAGCGAUCAGGCUGUUGUUCCCAAUCUCAAUGCAGACUGGGUGAAUGCCAAGGGUGCCUGGACAAUUCACUUCGUCCUAAUUGCGUGCCUUAAAAUAUUUUAUGACAUCAUACCCGGAGUCUCGCAAGAGACGUCGUGGACACUGACCAAUAUCACAUACAUGUUUGGGUCAUAUAUCAUGUUCCAUUAUGUGCGAGGCGUACCCUUCGAGUUCAACGGUGGCGCCUUUGACAACCUCAACAUGUGGGAGCAGAUCGACAACGGCGCCCAGUACACACCAGCCAAAAAGUUCCUGCUUGGCGUCCCUAUCGCGCUGUUCUUGCUUAGCACACACUACACGCACUACGACUUGGCGUACUUUAUCAUCAACUUCCUUGCUGUCAUGGGGGUCAUCAUCCCUAAACUCCCCUUUAGUCACCGAAUGCGAGUAGGCUUCUUCUCGAGUAUCCCCGAGGAAUAA